AAAAAAGGUGAAAGAGAAGGAGAGAGCGAGAGUGCGUGCGGGAUCCGAGUCUGAAGCUGCGCGGAGCUACUGCCGAGGCAGGCCUGAUCCAGGAAACAGCGACAGACCGGGGGACGGCAAAAAACCAUGGCCAACAUCGCAGUCCAGAGGAUCAAACGGGAGUUCAAAGAGGUUCUUAAAAGCGAAGAGACGAGCAAAAACCAGAUAAAGGUGGACCUGGUAGAUGAGAACUUCACAGAGCUGAAGGGGGAGAUUGCGGGGCCUCCCGACACGCCGUAUGAAGGUGGUAGAUAUCAACUAGAAAUUAAGAUUCCUGAAACAUAUCCAUUUAAUCCGCCAAAGGUGCGUUUUAUCACUAAGAUAUGGCACCCAAACAUCAGCUCAGUCACCGGGGCGAUAUGCUUGGACAUUCUUAAAGAUCAAUGGGCGGCCGCCAUGACGCUUCGCACGGUGCUAUUAUCACUACAGGCUUUGUUGGCGGCAGCAGAACCGGACGACCCUCAGGACGCAGUCGUGGCCAAUCAGUACAAGCAGAACCCAGAAAUGUUCAAACAGACGGCCCGGCUGUGGGCCCACGUGUACGCCGGGGCGCCCGUCUCCAGUCCCGAAUACACCCGCAAAAUAGACAAACUCUGUGCAAUGGGCUUCGACAAAAACGCAGUAAUAGUGGCCUUGUCUUCAAAAUCGUGGGAUGUGGAGACGGCAACAGAGCUACUGCUCAGCAACUGAGGUCCCCCCCCCCCCGAAGGCUGCUUCACUAGGCUUGAACCUCCCCAUCCCAGUCCACACCCACUCCAAAAUCUAUACCCCCCUCUCCACCCCUUCACCCCUUUCACCUCCAGUCUCUCUGACUUCUGCCAAACCCUAAUUUUCAUUACGGAUUUCCCUCACCUUUGCCUAUCUCACCCCC